AUGCUCGGCCCACAUGGCCUCAAGAGCUCAACGCCUUCCUCCAUACCGAUCACUGCUAGGGAUGCACCCAAGACUGAAGCAGCCUCCGUCACCGAUGCCACCUCGAUUGCUGCAGCGCCCCUCUCCAUCGCCCUUCCCAGUCUCGUCCCUCCUCCAGCUAUGCUUGGCCCAUAUAGCCUCAAGAGCCUCACGCUUUCAUCUACAUCCGUCUCCACCCAGGCACCCUCGAUUACCGAUCUCGGGCAGCAGCUUGGCACCCUUGCCGCCAUCGCGUCUAACAGCGCACCUUCUGCAUCUUCUGCUCCCGCCGCCGCGAAGGCGAAAUCGGAUGUGGUUGGAAGGCUCAUCAGCAAGUUCCUUACUGCCUUGCACGGCCUGCUCCGCUUUUAG